AUGGCCUCCCUGAACGCAGAGGCUGUGAAUAAUCUACUGUUCAAGAAGGAUCCAAAGAGCUCCAGAAAGACACAACAUCCCAAGAACAAGAACACAGAAACAGAACCAAAUGACCAGACAAGCAAAACAAAUCCACAAACACAGGACAUGUCAGCCACACAGGACCAGAGCACGGACUGGAUGAGUAUAUUUGCACCUACACCUCGGCGACAGGCUGGAAUCGCUGCAGCGUCACUUCUCAAACUCACCAGUGCUCAGUGCAGGAAGUGGCAGAGGAAAGGGAACACACAUGACACCAAGCGCACACCGCAAAAACACAAAUACCAAAGAGCAGAGCGGAGGAGAGGGCCGCACAGAUGUUCCGCUCAGACUGGGAGAUCUGAGUGUAGCUUAAAGAACGAUGCUCAAAUACAAAAGGUGGAGAACCAUAGAGCACCAUCCUACUGCUGCAGUCAGGAGCAGUGUGUCCAGUGCUGCCACCGCCUCGCCCUCUUCCAUCCGGGCAAGUCUUGUCAAGGACCGGACAAUGUGUUCCACCAUCACCACCACCACCUUCACCACCACCACCACCACCUCACAACCCUCAGCCCAAACUCCUACACCUGCUUCCCUGCAUACUACUUCCACUUGUGCCACCCGUCUGUCACAACACAGGAAGUAGGUACGAGCAGCAGAAAGAGCUCAGGGGCCCUAGGGAUCUCUCACCCAGUCUACUGCUGUAACCCCUCGACGAUCAGUUACCAGUCUUGCUCCGGGAUGACUCCAGCCAUCUGCCACGUGUGUUGCUCUCAGUGCAUGCACAGAGUGAAGAAAGAGGAGUUUCACCCAGCCGUCAGUGACAUCCCCAGCCCAUCUCCCCUCAUGUGCCCCAGGGCUCUUACCGCCUGUCCCACUCCUCAAGUGCCUCCUCCAGCCCUGUCCUCCCAGACAAGACCCCCUGCUGUUCCUUUGCCUUUGGAUCACAUCUGUCCCCAGAGCACCCAGACCUCCAGAGCUCUCCACACAGGCCCCAUCAGGGACAGAAGUCACACACCGUCUGUCGUCUCUGUGGCCAGGAAGAGGCACCAGAGAAGCACCAACGGAUGGAAACCCGUGGGUCAGUCCUACCAGAAGGAGGUGUUCACUGCGGGUGAGGAGACGCCCGUGUGGAGGACAUGUUUCGAGGCCGUGCAGCGAGACGAAGAGGUGGUCCAGGUUCGGGACACGGUUCUUCUGAAGUCUGGAUCCAGGAAGAAGAGUCUGCCUUAUGUGGCCAAAGUGUCAGCUCUGUGGGAAGACCCGGACUCAGGAGAGCUGAUGAUGAGUCUGUUUUGGUACUACCGGCCAGAACACACACAAGGAGGACGCAGACCCAACGUCCACUGUGAGAAUGAGGUGUUUGCGUCUCGACACCAGGAUGUGAACAGUGUGGCCUGUAUCGAAGACAAGUGCUACGUUCUCACACUGGCUCAGUAUUGUCGGUUUCGUGCCUUGCUGAAGCGGCAGCGAGAGGGUGUUGGCUUCGGUGCUGCGUCUGUGGUGCCUCCUGCUCUGCAGCACAGCCUCCACUCUCUGCCUCCGGCUCUGGACCCUCAGCUGGUCUUCUACUGUGGCCAUGUCUAUGAUUACCGCUAUGGACGUCUUCUCAAGAACCUGCAGUAG